GGGCACAAUGGAGAGGAGUAAGGUAUAAGUAGCGCCAUGCUACCCUGGAAUCCUCACUCAUUAAACAACGCUUACAUACCUUCAACUCUACUCAUCCUAUAUCCCCCUCUCUCUCAUCACCAUCCCGCUUGGACCCAGGCCCAUCUCAUUCACCCCUCAUUUGAAGCUCCUUAGACAUCAAUAUGCAACUCACCCCUUUCACCAUUGCCACCCUCCUAAACACCGCAGGCGCAGUCUCAAUCUAUAAACCCGCCGCCGGCGACCGAGUCGACGUCUCCAAGGACUGGCAAGUCUGCUACAAUGCCGUCGAUACCGACCCCCAGCAAUUCUGCCUCUACCUCACCAACUUCGUCGAAUACCCUCCGCAGAUCCUCGAUCUGCUGAAUCGCCAGCCGGUGCAGCGGGACGCGGGCUGCGUGACCAUCCCGGGCAAGUGUUAUCCGGGACUACGGACGACAAGUCCCUAUCGCGUGCGGGCGGCGGAGUGCGCGGAUCCGAAUACGAUCUACGCCGAGUCCGGUGAUUUCUGGCCGUCUCAGUCCAAGUGCCAAGCGACGACUCUUACUCGGGUUGUCAGGGAGUAAGCGGAUGGGGUAGUCUGGAGGUGGUAUUCAACAUACCUAUGUUCUAGGUUGCCAUGUAUUUGUCUUUGGAUGGUGUUUGGGAAGAUGAUGGGUUUGACGUGGAGGGAGCGGAUCUCAACAUCGCCGGUCAAGGGCCACCAGAGGUUGUAUUGGUUGGACGUAGGACCUGCUGUAUGGAUGCAAUUAUAUGGUUUUGAAGUGUACCUGUCGUCC